GAGCCCAAUUUAAUCGAGCCGCGCUACUGGGCCUCGCCGGAGCCCGGUUGCGUCCUCCCCGCCGUUCAGUCACGCGUCAAAAAGCUCCCUUCCGAUGACUUCCACGGCGGUGUGCAUCCCCGACAAGGGCCGCCGCGUCCGAGCGCAGCACUGAAGCGGUCAAUCCCACCCGCGUCGUCCCCUCUGCCUCCCACCUACCAUAUCCCGAAUCGGUGGAAAGGGGGGUGAUGAUGAAAUCCUUCUGCUUCCGCGGCCCCGCGGCGAAGAGGAUGGAGCGGACGCCGAUGGCCGACUCGUGCGUGUUCUGCGACAUCGCCUACCGUGCCCCCGCUUCCACCACCGAUCUCCUCUACUCCGAUGACAAGGUCGUCGCGUUUCAGGACAUCAAUCCGUCGGCUUUCAGGCACUAUCUUGUCAUACCCAUUGAGCAUAUACCAACUGUAAAAGAUCUCGAAAGAACCAACGAAGAUCACCAGUUAGUUAGUCACAUGGUAAAGGUGGGAAAGGAUUUACUCAAUCGAGAUGCUCCCGGAUCCGAGGAACAUAGAUUUGGUUUUCAUCAGCCUCCAUUUAAUAGUGUUGAUCACCUUCAUCUUCAUUGCCUGGCACUGCCAUUUAUACCCAGCUGGAGGCAAGUAAAAUAUACGCCGUUGGGUCCCUUGGGCGGUUUUGUUGAUGCGGAGAAGCUAUUGGAAAGAAUAAAUAUUUAGGCUGGUACUGGCUAUUUGUGCUUAUUAAGGCAUUUUUUUGUAGCUGUAUUAUCAUUUCUAUCUGAUGUGUUCACAAUUACUGCUUUUGGAUCAGUGGAAACUGAAACUCAACAGACUUGGUCUGAAAUUGUAUACUGAAGUAACCUGAACAUUGAUGGAAGCUGGACCACUCUUUCGCUAUUU